CUGUUCCGGGUAAACGCACUUCCUUAACGUUCAAAUAAAACGCGUUUAAAACGUACAACUGUAGGUUUGUUUCAGGCUGCUAUCACGUCGGUAAGCGUCCCGAUCAGAAACGGCUUAUUAACCGACACGAUGGCAGAGGAUAUCCAGACCAAGUUGAAGAAUUACAAGACGGCACCUUUUGAUGCCAGGUUUCCCAACCAAAAUCAAACCAGGAACUGCUUUCAAAAUUACCUAGACUUUCAUCGUUGUACUAAAGCACUGACUGCAAAAGGAGCUGAUACUUCUCCAUGUGAGUGGUAUCGGAGGGUCGCAAAAUCAAUCUGCCCAACCUCCUGGCUAAACAAGUGGAAUGACCAGUUGGCUGAAGGCACGUUCCCUGGAAAAAUCUAAGUUGUGAAUGCAACCUGAUUGAUUGAAACACUUACAAUGUUUCCAAAGCUUCUAGCCUUCACUAAAAUAAAUACUGAAUAUUAAACUGGUUACUUUCUUA